AGAUAAAUCGAAGCGAUUCAGGGUUCUUCGUAUGAUACUUUCAUUGUGUAAAUAGUGGAUUGCGUAAAGAGUCAUGUUGGUUACAAAACUGUUGGUCACUUAGACUUUCUCUUUUGGAAAAUAGUUGAUAGUUGAGCAUCUUUUGAAUGUUAUAUUCUUGGUUUCUCGCAGUUUACCAACCAAGCAGUUAGCUCCCACUGGUUUGAUUCAUCAUAUAGGGGCUACAUAUAUUACAUAAAGAUGAUAACUGGAAGGAUAAUUUUUUCACGCUUUUAUCUCCUUUGUUUACUUCUGAGAUGCCAUGCCUCAGACAUCUAAGGACAUUGUAGUUUAAGACUGUGAUACGUAACUGCAAUGUGCAUACCUUUUUCACUGCUCAUGAUACGUGUGAUCUGAUCUGAUUGUCUGAUUUUUGUUUUGGAUUUAGUUCCUAAAUUUUGUAGAGAAAAUGGUAGAAUAUCAUUUUAGGGUGUUUCGACAUAACGGCAUUUGUGAAAAAGGCUUGUGGAGACCUCCAAUAACAAAGUGGUUCAGAUGGAAGGUAACUGAACAAUGAGCAGUAGAGGGAGACCUAGAAAAGGCCAUAGGUUCAGUUUGUAAAUGGCUAAAGUUGGUAAGACACGGUCCAAGUCCCAGCCUCAAGGUCGCAAGGAAACCCCAUAUCAUUUAUCUUGUGCACAAAAGAAUAUGAAAGAUGUUCGUGGAAAGAAGAGCUCCACCAAAUCAUCAGAGAAGAAGGAUUGGGAAGAUGCAACUUGCUCUGUGUGUAUGGAGGUCCCACACAAUGCGAUUCUUCUUCUUUGUUCGUCAUAUAACAAAGGUUGUCGCCCUUACAUGUGUGCUACUAGUCAUCGAUAUUCAAACUGUUUUGAGCAGUACAAGAAAGCCUACACAAAAGCAACUUCUGUUCAAAGUAUGCAGCUAGCAAUAGACAAUUCAAAUUUUGACUUAAGUGCAGGUGAACCUGAUGACAAUAGAGAAGUGCCUGAGCUUCUUUGCCCCCUUUGUCGCAGACAGGUGAAAGGUUGGACAGUGGUUGAAGCGGCUCGAGAGUCUCUGAAUGCCAAGAAAAGAAGUUGCAUGCAGGAUGAUUGCUCUUUCGUAGGGAAUUACAGGGAGCUCAGGAGGCAUGUUAAGUCUAAGCAUCCAUUUUCUCGACCAAGAGAGGUGGACCCUGUUCGAGAAGAAAAAUGGAAGAGGCUAGAGUGUGAAAGAGAACGGAAUGAUGUGAUCAGCACAAUUCUAUCUUCAACACCAGGUGCUAUGGUAUUGGGGGAUUAUGUGCUUGAGCCGAAUGAUCAUGCCUUUUAUAGUGAUGAGUAUGAUUCUGAAGAGGAAUAUUUGGAGGACGAUUUCUUCUCCAUGAGGCCAUUUGGUCUGGGGAGAAAUAGCCACAUUUUCUCCAACAUUAGGUACAAUCAGGACCGUGCUGCUGUUUCUUUCAAUGUUGAUCAUUUUGGUUUGCACAAUGUUGCACCUGCAGCUUCUGCUGCUGUCUCUGGACGAGGAAUCCACAGGCUACUGUUAGGGAGGUCUAGAAGACGACGGAGGCAUAGGAUGCCAAAUGCAGGCAGGUAAAUUCGGAGAUGAACUACAUAGAUAUGGGGAGUAAGCUUCGCUUCUGCAUUAGUGUGCCAGAUACCUUGGCAUGGCUUGUUUUGUUGCUAUGCCAAACGAUUUUUAUUAUUUAAUUAGCAGAGUAUAGAGUUGAGACCCCAUUCUGGUUAUAUUACUAUCUCAUCUGUCAACUGA